GUUUAUUUCAUUAAGUGACAUAAAACAGAGAUAUCUAUAUAAUUGUUACUAAUCAUAUUUAAUCAUGAUAGAAAAGGAAGGGGACAAAAAAGAUAGUAAUAAUAACACUUUAUAGAUUAUCACAGUUUGUUGUUGUUGUGGAGGUGUAUGUGUGUGGGGGGUGGAGGAUGGGUGAGUGAGUGGGUAGGGGUGGUGGUGUCAACUCAAUAAAACUUGUGGAUAAAUAUAUAUCUAAUAACAUAGAUUACAGUUUAAAAAAAUAGAAGAUAACAUAAGGAUUGCUAUUUAUGGUUUAAUUGUACAAUCUUUUGUUCUUUGUUAACACUUCUGAGAUAUGUCGGUAAAAGUAUAAGUUAUGUAAUAUUAUGUAAUAUAUAUAUACAAUACGAUUCAUUACCCACAAAUUGAUAUUAUGUAAUUAUCAUUGAGUAUGUUACAUAAUCUUAAUCAAUCACAAACAGAUGAGCUUGAUCUUAGUAAAUCCGGUGAUAUUCAUUUAUUGAAUUCAUCAUCUUCUAUGACAUUAUCAUCAUCAUCAUCAUCGUCAUCAUCUUCUUCUUCUUCAAUGUUAUUAAAUUCACCAAAAUUGACAUCGACAUCGACAUCAUCAUCGUCGUCUCCUUCGUCGUCAACAUCUCCAACAUGUUUAACUGUAUCAUCAAUUCAUGAAAUAUAUCAAUCAAGAUCAUUUAUGAUCAAUGAUAUUUUAGAUCAAUCUAAACAGACUACUUAUAAUAAUACUAUUAUUAAUAAUAAUCAUGAAAAAGAUAAAGUAUACAAAUUAUACAAUGAACAAGAAGAUAUACAGAUUAAUUAUGAUAUUAAUGGAUAUAUAAAGCAUAGAAUGAUUCCAUGUGAUGAAUAUAAACAAAAUAAACUAAAACGGAAAUAUACUACUGAUAAUAAUACUACUAAUAAUAAUUAUAAUGAUGAUUAUCAGAUCCCAAUUACAAUGAAAAAUGAAAGAAGAACAAGUACAUCAUUAAUGACCAUUGAAGAUGAUUGUCAUUCAUAUAUGAAUAUAGAUCAUAAAAAGAUGUUCAUCAAUCAUAUGAAAUAUCAAUUAGAUCAACAUGAUGAACAUUCUGUUGAUGAUACAAGACAAUUGAUAGAAGGAAAGUUGAAAGAACAUUAUUCUAUUAAAGAUUCAAAUGAAAUAACAAAUAAUUCAAAUGAUACCAAAUUGAUCCUAUCAACAAUAAAUCAUCUGAAUAGCUUCAAUACAAACAAUGAAAAUCAAAAAGAAGAAGAUCAAAUCAAAGAAGAUGGUACCGAUGAUAACGAUAACAACAACGACGAUGAUGAUGACGAAGAGGAUGAGGAUGAGAUUGAUGAUGAAUAUUCUGAAAUUCAUUCAAAUGAAUCUUUAUAUUCAACUCAUUCAAUAGAUCCAUAUCAUAAAUUAUCAACAAUGAAUAAGAAAAAAUCAAUUAUCUCAUCAAAAUUAGAUCCUUCAAAUGAAAGCCAUCGAACAUAUCAUCACUAUCAGCAGCACCAUCAGCAGCAUCAUCAGCAGAACCAUCAGCACCAUCAUCAUCAUCAUCAUCAUAAAGAAUAUGAUCUAAAUUAUGAUAUGAAUAAAUCAAAGAAACCACGUAAAUCUAGAACAGCAUUUACUGAUUUACAAUUAAAUGAAUUAGAAAAAAUGUUUGAUCAUCAAAAAUAUUUAAGUGUACAAGAUCGUAUUGAAUUAGCUGAAAGAUUACAUUUAACUGAUACACAAGUUAAAACAUGGUAUCAAAAUAGAAGAACAAAAUGGAAACGUCAAACUGCUGUUGGUUUUGAAUUAUUAUCUGAAGCUGGUAAUUUUGUAGCAGUACAACGUAUUCUACAAACAAAUCCAUAUUGGGCAUAUCAUCCAGCUGCACAAACAAUUCUUGCUAAUAUGGAAGCAAUUAUAAAGAAAAAAACUGAUUUUGAUAUAACAAAUGAAUUAAAACAAACUAAUAAUCAUCAUAAUAAGGAUAAUAAAGUGAUUCCUUUUAACCAAAUCAAUCAAAAUGAACAUAUUAUUACCAAUACUACUAAUAAUACUACUAAUACGAGUACUACUAAUACUACUAAUACUAGUACUACUAUUACUACUAGUAAUACUACUGAUGAUUAUGUUUCAAAAUUAAAUGAUCACGAUUCAUUUUCCUUCAAAUCACCGACAAAAUUUAAUUCAUCCAUUGAAUUACCAAUCACCACAGAAACUAUUACUAAUACUACUACUAAUACUACUGAUAUAACUAAUCAUUUUCCAUUAAAAUUUACUACAAUCAAUAAUCCAUUAAAUCAUAUCAAUAAAAUUGAUAAUCAAUCAAUUAUUGAAUUAUCCAAUUGGUUACCAUUUAAAUCAAUUGAAUUCAAUGAUAAUCAUAUAUCAUCGUCGAUAGUAUCAUCAUCAUUAUCAUCAUCACCAUUAUCAAUAUGUAAUCCAAUUCAAUCAUAUACUACUACUAAUACUACUAAUACUAAUACUACUACCCCUACUACCCCUACUACUAUACCAACCUUAUCAUAUUAUCCUAUAGAUCAUUUAUCUCCCAUAGAAACAACAAAAUUAUUAUCAUUUAAUAUACCAAUUAAUUCAUUAAUAUCAAAAUUCAAUAUCAAUUCAAUGGAAUCAUAUAAAACAAUUAAUUUAUUAACAAAUUUAUUAACUAUAAAUAAUACAAUGACAAAAACUAUACCAUUAUUUAAUAAUAAUAAUAAUAAUACAUUUUAAUAAUCAAUAAUCAAUAAUCAAUAAUUGAUUCACUGUUACUAAGUAUAUUCUGAUAGAAUAUUGAUUAUUUAUUGAAUUGAGGGGGGGGAGGCUCAAAAAAAAAUCACAACUCAAAUCGAUAUUGAUUGAUUGUUUAUUGUGAAGUGUAAAGUAACUUUACGAUUAUUAUUGAUUAUUGAUUAUUGAUUAUGAACAAACAAUAUUAUUGUCAUAACUUGACAUGAUCUCGGUUAAAUUUCUUUUUGUUCAAUUGAUUUGUAUAAUAACAAAAAAAAUAUUUCAUUAUAUAAUAAUUAUAAUAAUAAUUUAACAUUUUGAUAAUAAAAUAAUCAAUAAUUCAUAUUGAUUAAUUGUUACUAAGAGUGUUCUAAUAAAUUAUUGAUUAUUCAUUGAUGGAGGGGGAGGGUGAGUUUAAAAAAAUUCACAACUCAAAUUGAUAUUGAUUGAUUGUAUAUUGUGAAGUAUAAAUUAAAUUUACCAUUAUUGAUUAUUGAUUAUUGAUUAUGAACAAACAAUACUGUUGCUAUAACUUGACAUGAUCU